UCUCCGUCACUGAUCGUUGAUCAACCAGCUCUUGACUUGGAGUCUUCAUGGCGGGUUCCUAGUAUCUCGUACACCUUUCUAUGCGACUGUAAUGGCCAUUUCAAAUGUAAAGUCAUUUUCCGCCUGCUGUUUUCGUAGUCGUCCUGCAAUGGCCUUGUCCCCGUCAUUGUCCUCCUCUCGAUGCCCCAAGUUGCUGGAAGUGCCAUUACUUAUCUGUUAAACGUCGAGCUGACUAGAGGUCUAGUUGACUUGUCUUCUGAUAUGGUAUCGGAUGGCGUAGUUGCAGGGUAUUCUCAUGGGUCAUUGAACAGACCGGUAGCAAAUCAUAAACUGCACCAUCUCUGUUGGAGCUUCGAUAAUUGUUUAUGGGACUUAGCAACCAUGCAUUCAACCACAUGUCGUCGAUUCACCCGAGUCUACCACCUGCACGGUGUGUCGCUAUGGGAACACACCGUCAGGCUUAAAGCUUUCCCCCAUUCCAAGCUUCACCAGAUGUCCGGUUUACUAUCCAUCCCAACUAUCUUUGGUGGUUUCAUUGAGAGCAUAAGCAUUGCAACCAUAUUAUAUGGUGUCACUGCUGCACAAGCAUAUGUUUAUAUGUUGAAUUGUGAAUAUAAUUUUAAAUGGAUCAAAGUGAUAGCAAGUCUGAUAGUAUUAAUAGAAACACCAUACACCAUACACUGCAGUUCUUAUGCACACAUUGUAUUACUACUCAGUACUAGCAAUCACAAGUUUACUUGACUACCUUCCCAUUGAUUGAAGUGUUUCUACGUGCAAAUUAUAUCUCUUUCUUAUUCAGUACAUUUGCUGAUUGUUAUAAAUAACAGACUGCCAUAAUUAUGGAUGUGAGUCCUAUAACUAUUGUACACAUAUAUUCCUCAAGCCUCUAUUUUAUUAGUUGACUAUUAAGAGCACUAUACAAGGGUAUAGUUCAAUCAAAUUGUGACUAAAUG